GUGUCACUCAGCCACGUCAUUUUUGCUUGAAUGAGAAGUAUACGCGGCGUAUCUUGCUUGAUAAAUUGAUCCACAAAAUAGAACAACAUGAAUAUAUUCCGUUUGCUUGGUGACUUAUCUCACCUUUUAGCUAUUAUAAUAUUAUUGCUCAAAAUCUGGAAGACCAGAUCAUGUGCAGGCAUAUCGGGAAAGUCACAGAUACUCUUCGCCAUAGUGUACACUACGCGGUACCUGGACUUGUUGACGACUUUCAUCUCAACUUAUAACACUGUUAUGAAGUUCGUGUUCAUCGUCGCAUCGUAUGCUACUGUGUAUCUGAUGUAUGUGAAAUUCAAGGCGACCUACGAUCACAACCACGACACGUUCAGGAUUGAGUUUCUGUUGAUACCAAGUCUAGUCCUUGCACUGCUGAUCAACCAUGAAUUUACUGUAAUGGAGGUUCUAUGGACUUUCUCGAUCUAUCUUGAGUCCGUAGCCAUCUUGCCGCAGUUGUUCCUGGUAUCUAAGACAGGCGAGGCUGAAAGCAUUACAUCUCACUACCUCUUUGCUCUUGGCUCCUACAGAGCACUGUACCUUUUGAACUGGGUGUACCGUUACGUGGUGGAGGAGCAUUACGAGCUGAUAGCUAUCGUCGCUGGCGUAGUGCAGACCGUGCUCUACUGCGAUUUCUUCUAUCUUUACAUCACGAAAGUUCUCAAAGGAAAGAAGUUGCAGUUGCCGGCUUAAGCUCACGUGAACACAGGUUUGCGUAAAUACAAUAUGACUAAAAUGUCCCUGAUGAUAUUUUAUAAGCCAAUAAUAUUACCUAAGAUCUAGUUGUACAACAUGUACAGUGUGAAAACGUGAAUUACAGAAGGCAACUUUGUGUGAUGAACUUAAUUAUGUAUAUUUUAAUUAAAACUAAAAAGGUACUGACCAUAUUUACUGUGCAAUGUUUAUUUUUAAUAGCCAAUAAUGAACUGUUGAUUUGAAAUGAGUUGUACGUGAUGUAUCUUGACAAGCUAGAUGCUAGAUAUUGUAACACCCGUAUUUUAAGACGUUCACACGACUCGCCCGAGCUUCAGCUGAGCGAGAAUUUUGGUAUUUUAAAUUGGCAUUAACGUCAUUGACUUGAGGACUUUACUCGCUGGAGUUGAGCUUAUCAUACUGCCAACGUAAUGAUACGAAAAAUAAUGACGUCAUUACGCUAGAGUAAACUCGAGUUAAGGUUGAGGCGCCAAGAGUACCGAUUUUCAGCUGAGUUGGAGGGAGGCCUUCAGGUCGCCUCAAGGACCGAGUCGAGGAAGGUUGGAGUUAUCUUAAAAUACGGGUGUAAAUCCUGGAUUUAUGUUAUCUAAUAAAUAAGCACGUACCAUUAAACUUAUCUGUUUAAAAAUUAGAUAAAAAAAAACUAACAUAUUAUUUCAAGAAACUUUUAAAUAUGUAGUAUUAUUGUCCAUGCAUUUUGUGUGUACUUGGUUCGAAGCACGCGAGCCGUCAAUGUAUGGGACGCCUGCAUAACAUCCUUCCAUACAUUGUCACACAAGUAUAUUCCUUUAAAUAAUAAGGUUUUUUUCACGACUUUUUAUUUUGUAGCAUUUUAGCCAAUGAAGGCGCAUUGCAACGAAGAUUGUAAUGAGUAAUUUAACUAUUAGGAUCAUAAUAAUAAAAUAUGAAUUUUAUUGCAUAGUCGAGUAUCUAAAUCACGCGUAUUCGUACGUACAAUAGAGUUGUACGUACACUUGUGUGGUUAUCUAAAAGUUUAGUAAAAGUUUGUAAUCCAAAACUAAAUAUGUUAGAUCAAACAUUGCGUUUUUUACAUUAGCCACUAAGAACUUCUUGUCUUGCAAUAAGAAUUCGUGAAUAAAAUUUUGAAAGUGAAA